AUGUCCUUCCGCCGCCCGCCCCCGAUACGGCGGUCGUGCACGUCUGUCGAGUUCGCGCGGGCCGGAGAGGAUGUAACCCCGGAGAGCAACUUCACCGUUUCCCGUGUGAUGGACGCCGACAGCGUAAUGGUCGACGUAGGGGAGCCCAUUGCUUCGCCAAACACCCCUGCUCGAGUGAGGUCGCCGGAUCAUCCCCGGCGACGUAGCAGCGUGCGCAUUGACGACGCGAUCCUGCCGCAGCCGAGCACCUCCAUCUCUAUGUCGUUGCAGAAACUCCGCCGUCCCUCGGUGAGCGAGUGGCGCCGGCGUGGCUCGCCGACAGCGAGCGGGCCAAACGUGUCCCUUCGCCGCUUCUCGCGGCCGAACACGGUGGAGGUAUCGAAGGAUUACCUGCAGUCCGUAGCAGAGGCGCACGGCGUCACUGCAGAACACGUGCGUGACGUCAUGAUCGCUGCCCAGGGCGACACCGACCUCAUGCUGGCAAUCCUUCAGAGUGAAGCAGAUGCGCAACUAGCCUCUCCGGCGAACAUUGAUGUGCUGCACUUUGGAACACAGGAGACGGUACGCCGGCUGCUUCUUUUCCUCGAGCUGCCACAGGAGUGGGAGGGCGAGGUGGUGCGGACGCUCAAUGUGACCAGCGGUGACGCGCAGGAGGCGGCCGCCAUCCUCGCGCAGAAAUCUGGCCGGCGAUCCAUUUCACUACCGAGCGAUAUCACGGCGUCGCGCCAACAGGUCCUCACACCCACAGAAGCUGAGCAGCUGCCUCUGCUGCUGCAGCGUCUAGGGGAAAGCCCCAGUGGUGAGGUGCAUCAGUUACAGUCGGAGUUCCCGGACCGCACUACGGACGAGAUCCGCACGGCUUUGCAGCUGACAGACGGCAACAUGGCAAACGCGCGUGUUUUCUUGCGGGAGGGUCACACAGCGUCCAAGAAGAGCAACAGAGAUGCCAUGAACAGCAUCUUUGCUCGUGUCGCUGCGACGCGCGGGUCACGGCCGCGGCCGGACCACCGCAAAGAGAUCGAGGCGGCGUACUACAAACUCAACGGCGCCGUCGGCGUCAGAAGCAGCACCGCGAUGAUCCCCAACUUCACCACCGGCGAGGACGUCGUGACGACGAGUCUGUCGCCGCAGGAGUUUCAGCUCUAUCGCAGCGGUGGUGAGGCCUUCGAUACUCUGAACUCACAGCAGCGAGUGUCUCAGAGCGAGGGCUCGACUCCAACCGCAUCCACUUUGAGCACUCUUCUUUUCACCAAAACUGCACCAUCGCCACUUACACCGGACGUGACCGCGUCGCGUGGAUCGGACAAGGCACAUGCCCCGCGUUGCCCGCAGACACCACCGCUUCCCCCUGUAACGUCCAUAGCGACGCCCUCAUUCUCCGACCGCGGUGCCAGUGAGACACGCUAUCCAUCGAAUGCAGCUCGUCAGAGCGUUAUGCGGGUCUCCUCGCACGGGUCGCCGUCCGCGGCAGCCGUCGCCGACACAAGUCAACGUGCAACACCACCUGUUCUGCGCGCGCGUCGACCAUCACUGUCGCGAGAGGCGACGAAUGUGUCGACACACCUCGCAAGCCACCUUGAGCUGUCGUCGCAACAUCCGGUGCGAACCGGUGGCAGCGCUGCCGCAGCUGGCAGCUCGACCGUUGCCCUCAACAAUUCCCCCAGCGCCUCCACUGCCGACAGCAGUGCCAUCGGGCACUCCAGUGGAUGCACACCACCAUCACCGCGCUCUGCCGCGGUGGUUGCCCCUCGCCGUUCGAGCGUUGCGGCGGUGAACCUGAAUGACUAUCGAGGCUCAGGCGCCGCUGCAGAGGCAAGGAGGGCAGAGAACUUGUGGACCAGCGCAGGCGGCAACGUGGCAGGGGGUAGUGGCGCGUACUUUGCAUCCGUAGCGCUUGGGUCCGCUCUCAGCGCGUCGCAGCAGCUUGCUGGCCAGCCGUUGCACUCGCCUCACACUGAGAGCCUGGUGAGGACUGUCCUUAGUCAGCUUGGCAAGAGCACAGAGAGCGAGCAGGACAAAGGUCAGCACCACCAGCAGCAGCACCAACAUCGGGUGUCCUCGGAGCUUGUAGACGCGAUUUCUGUUCGGGCAUUUUGGCCGAAGGGCAGCGCUGAUAGCAACAGCUCAACCGUGUCCGCCAGCGGCGUCUCGACGCCAACACUGAUGGCUCCACCACCACCACCACAUGGGAGCACCGCCAUGGCUCCGACUGCGGCAGACCUUGUUUUUCCUCCCGGUCUCCCUCCACCCCCGCCACCGCCAGGGUACAAGGCAGUUGGUCCCGCUAGCUGUCCGCCGCCACCGCCACCGCCACUACCCCCAGGAGGCAGUGGCACACCAAGCCUUCCUGCGGGGCUGCCGCCACCACCCCCCCCUGGCAUUCCUCCACCGACAGGGGGGCCCAAACUACCACCACCCCCACCGCCGCCCCCGCCGCCCCCGCCACAAAUGGGGAACGGGCCAUUGCUGCCACAGGGAAAGGGCGCGAGCGCUGCAGCAGCCCCCGUACCAAACAGCAGUACCACGCGCAAUGUGCCGAUCAACGGUGCCGUUGGCGACUCUGAUGACGCCAUCUUCAAGGCUGCGCGACCCAUCGGGCUGACAGCUGGGGCGCGCCAUAAGCUGCUUGCUCUCUUUCCGAAGGCGGCACCGAAGCACACGAUGGAGGAGGAGGAGGCGGCGGCGCGUGCGCAGCCCAUUCUCGAUCCCAACCGUGACCGCAACGUUGGGAUUGUGCUGAAGUUCAUUCGGCUGCCAAUUCAGCAGAUCGAGGCGAGUGUACGGACAUUUGAUACACUGACGCUUGGCGAGGAGCGGAUUUCCGGCCUUCUCAAGAUCAUACCCACUGCAGACGACUUCGAGGCAAUUGCGCGGGCGCAGCUGGAGCACGGUGGCCCGUGGAGGCGUGCAGAGGAGCAGCAGUUGCCUCCAUCGGUUCGUUUCUUCCUAAUGACGCAGCACAUUGACCUCUAUGCCGAGCGCAUCCACGCCUGGAGCCUACGGUACGAGUUGCAUGGGCGACUCGAGUACCUGGAGCAGAAACUGAGUAAGGCGGACAAGGCGAUUGACGCCAUCUUUGCCUCCCCAUCGUUGCCGGAUCUGCUGUACUAUCUUCUCGAGGUGAGUAACUUCCUCAACACUGGAAGCCGCUUCCAAGGUGCCAAGGGGUUCCCCAUCACGCAACUGCCGCAAAUCAUGAACUUCAGGACAACAGACGGCAAAGGCACCCUGCUGCAAUACGUGGCUGAAAUGUUAGAAGCGGUGAACCCGCACCUACAACAGAUCUCGAGCGAGCUGAUGCCGACCGUCGACGAGGGUUGCGACAUCGACGUUGCCAGCAUUGAGCAGGAGCUCAAGAAGCUGCGGGGUCGCCUGCAGAAGUGUAAGCUUCUGAUUGAGCAACUGAAGAAUGACGUACGCUGGACGAACGUGCUAGGUAAGUUUAUCUACCGCUCGUUGCCGGUGCUGGAGCGCGUCGAGAAGCUCGCGGAGUCGAUUAACGGGAAGGCGGAGCGCCUGCGAGAGUUUCUGUGCGAAAAGAAAGAGACAUUUUCUCUGAAUGAGGUGCUGCGGGUUUUAUCCAACUUCUGCAAGCGGUACGAGCAGGAGCGCGACAAGCAACGGCUGCGGCAGGAACGCCAAGACCGCAUGGAGGGGAACAAGCAGCGGCGGCAGAGCAUGAUGUCCGGCGCCAUAGCGAGUGAAGGUGACCUGCCGUUGCAGACGCAGCCCACCUCACCACCAAAACGACGACUCAGUGUGCAGCCGCAGUCUUUAGAUAGACCUUCUCUGGACCUGCAUGCGAGUGCUAACACUGCGAAGGGCGAUAAAGCUUCUCCUGACGCUGCCUUACGUCCGCAACGGUCGCCGCAGCCCCGCGAAGACGUUGCUAACGCCGAGUCCAGCACCAGCGGCCUUCGUGGCGGCGCGAGCGGGCAGUCUCCUGGGCUUGCCUGUGCUAGUUGCUCCAUUGGCAGCUCCGGUACCGCUGAGCACGCAAGAUUGCACUCGCUACGCAGUAAUGUAAGUGGUGCUGGAGACAGGGCUAAAAACCGUACAUCCCCACCAGUGGACCGCACCACCAGCAGCAGCAGCACCCCUGUCAAUAGCAUCACGAGUGGAGGCUACUACCGACGUCUCAGUAACAGUAAAGUGAAGCAACCCGGUGACGGCACUCCCAUUGCUUCAGGUGGUGGACCUCCACCGAGCUCGAGUGCGCAUUCCAGCACGGGCGCUGUCGGAUGUGAGGUGUUGCCGCCUGUAGACAGGUCUACGCUUGUCACGUCUGCACGCCCCUCCAACAGCGCGCGGACCCCCGUGACAGGCGUUCAACGAGGUGCUCAACAAAGAUAA